AUGCAAACAACAGAGCCAGCUAAUGGCAUUCCAGCCAAGGUAUUCAGGACGACUCCUCCAACAGCAGCACUUCCACCAAGGCCUGUUCAACUAGAGUCUUUGUCUGAAUCCAACACAGAGCAUCCUGUACCAAUACUCUCACAACAGCAUAACAUGGCUGGUUUGUCUGGAACUAGGCAGCAGAAAAUACAAAAUGAUCGUCGUUUUGAAGCACAUGAAAAGCUUCAUAGCCAAGCAUUGUCAACUCAAAACAAGUUGGAUAGACAGCCCAACCCUACAAGCAAAUCAGCAGUUGAAUUGGCUUAUCAUCAUGAUGGACUUGCAUCUUCUAAACAUACGACUAUGAACAUGAGGGAUGCAUCGAGAGACUUUCAUGGCUCUGACAUGAUGGCGCCCAAUUCACCACUUUCCGGAUUUCAAUCCGAAAGACUCGCGCAGCCCCACCCAUCUCAAUCAUCACUAUCAGUGUCGGACCUUUCGACUCCGUAUGAAUCUCAACGACCUUGUAUAGGUGUUUCUCGUCAGGGAGCAUCUCAUAUUAUGCCACCAUUUUCAUCUAAUCAAAGACCUGUACCAUCUUUUAUGCUCAGUACCUAUCAUGACCAUCCAAAUCAUUCUACACUGCAUGCAACUGCCAUGAAUGAUCCAAAUCAGUAUGGUGAUGCUGGUUAUCUUCAACGUUCAGCCAUUCCAAACUCAAUAAGAAGACCUUCUGUUGGAUCGCAUAUGCAAUCAGAAUACUCGACAAUGAUGGUCAACAGACCUAGACACAAUGCAAAGGCACCACUCAAAAUUCUUUCAAAUGACGAUGACAACAAUCCCAGUCACAAAACAGGAAUUACUCAUAUGAACAGUGAUGCUACAUUAGCCUCUACUGCCUCACUCAGUAAGCAUCCUAUAUACAGUGAUGCUUUUAUAAAUGGUGGUUUGGAUGGUAUUUUAUCUCAAUCCAAACCACAAGCUCGAAGAUAUUGCUAUGGAAUGUGCAGUUGGAUGGGAUGUGUUGCUUCAAUCAUUGCUUUUUUCGUCUUGGUCAUAGUCAUUGGGGCACUUGCAUUUGUAUAUACUCCUCGUCCAUUGACCAUCAAAGCAAUUGGUGCAUCUCAAAGCAUUCCUGGCAGUGUAACUUAUUUGAAUCUCAACAACGACACAACUCCGGCAAUGGCUAUGAAGGCUGGAGACCUCAACUUUGUUACUAAACUAGGAUUGGGAUUAACUAUCCAAGUGGAAUCAUCCAAUAUUUUCAAUCUAGUCUUUGAAUCAGUAGAGCUAUCAGGCAGUCUGAUAUCUUUGGUGGAUGGAUCAACACUUCCCACAAGCUCGUUGUUUAAUAUGACUGGAAGUGUUGCUGGUGCAUCGGUGCCCCAGGGUUCAAGCACAUUCAAUAUGCCAAUAUUCUUUUAUUGGUCCAUCAAUGCGCCAUUGAACAGCAGCGAACCUUUCACUUCAGCCCUUGCCAAAUAUUGCAGUCUUCCGCCACCAUCCUCCACAUCCUCGCUUUUGUCCGGUGCAGAUACCAUAGAUGGACCUCAAAACAGCGAUUCUAUUGUGGCGUCCAAAUCCAACACCUUGCAAGUCAACUACACUCUUGUAAUGCACAAGAAAAUUCUCUUUUGGAAUUAUGCUCCAGGCAUUUCAUCUCAAAUAUUGCAGAUUCCUUGUCCAUCGCAGUUUGGUGACUUUUUGAUGACAGUACAAAGUGUAACUAGCAGAAACAAUUCAACCGCUACUAACCCACCUCGUACAACUUCAACCACUGUUAACCCACCUCCUGCAAUGCCAACCACUGUCAAUCUACCUCCUACAAUCCCAAUCAUCGUUAAUCCACCUCCUGCACCAUCAACCACUGUCAAUCUACCUCCUGUAAUUGUUACAUUUACUUCUCGUCCUACGUCUGUAGCCAUGGUGACAUCGCUGGCAACUAUAAUGGAUUCUUGA